AAGAGAAGUUAUUAUGAUGUGUUAGGCGUUAGUCCAAAUGCAACUCAGAGUCAAAUAAAAACAGCGUAUUAUACCCUUUCAAAACGAUAUCAUCCAGACACUAAGACAGGUGAUAAAGAAAAUGAGAUAUUUUUAGAAAUAACUGAAGCUUAUGAAGUUCUUGGUAACCUCAAAAAACGACGGUUGUAUGAUCGAGGUGUAUUAAGACCAAAUGUGCAUCAUGAUGGACGUGAAUACAAACGCGAACAUGAACAUGACGCAGACAGUCCUGAAUCUGGAUUUCAAAGCCCGAUUAAUGAGAAAAUUAUAAAACGAAAGGUUUAUACUGGACAUACAAAAAUUUACAAUUUUGAUGAACAUUAUCGUCAACAUUAUGCUAAUUUAAUAAAUCGUCAUUUACGAGCAAAGCAAAAUAUUCGAAAAAAAGAAGAACUAGUAGAAGAAAUU